GUCUCACAGAGCGACGUGAGCUCGGUGAUGCUGUGUGCGUCCACCUCUCAGGACAUUAAGGAGGAGCCUGUGAGCGUGUCUGUGACUCCCGAAGCUCUGCCCUCCAAAACCAGACAGCAAGAAAACAGCAGCUCCCGCCGCAAGCAGCGUCUAGUCCUGCCAGCCACCGAGGAACCCGUCCUGCUCUACCCCGACAGCACUCUCUUCGACUCGGGCGUGGUCUCCGACGUCUCCACCUUCCAAGACACUCACGAUCCGGAGCCCCAGCCCUCCUGUAAACCCGACCCCGACAGCCCAAACAGAGAAUACACUUUUAAAACGCCCAUCAAGAGCAGCCACCCUUCCUCGUCCACACCCAGUAAGCUUCCCGCAGUUCUGGAGCCCUGGAGGAUCACUCCCGUCAGGAAGGGAGGCAUGCUGGACUUCAGCCCUAUCCGUACGCCCAGCGGGCCACAGCUCACCCCGCAACGGCACGAACACACGCCUUUCAGCUUCAACAGCACGCCUUUCAAAGAGCUGCCGCUCUUCAGCUCUCCUCGAGAGCUGCUCACCUGCUCCAGACCCUCUCCGAGACGCUCCACUCCGACCUGCUCCAGAGAGCUGCUGCAAGAGGGCGCCGCCAACCGCUCUCUCACCGAAGGCCUCGUCCUAGAUACCAUGAACGACAGCCUGAGUAAAAUCCUAGUGGAUAUCAGCUUCCCCAACCUGGAAGUUGAUGAUCUCGGCAUGGCAAACAUCAGCUGGUCCCAA